AUGAAGUCGAGUGGGGGUGCUGCAUCCGAUCUGGAGGAGCUGGAGAGUGGCAGCAGCGAGAGCAGCUCCGGGCAGUCCCUGCCUUGCAUUGGGGCCCAAAGCAAACGCAAACGCAAGGGCCCUCGUCUGGGUGGUCGGAACAAGCAGAGGCAGGCGGCCAACGCUCGGGAAAGGGACCGAACCCACAGCGUCAACACUGCUUUCAGUGCCCUCCGCACGCUCAUCCCCACCGAGCCUGCUGACCGUAAGCUGUCCAAGAUAGAGACCUUGCGCCUGGCCUCGAGCUACAUCUCGCACCUGGCGAAUAUGCUGCUCCUACAGCAGCAGCAGCAGCAGCAGCAGCAGCAGCAGCAGCAACCCAGUGGGAGCUUGGCUGAGGAGUCCUCGCUGGUGAGGCAGCCCUGCCUGCAGUAUCAGCCUCUCCUGCAGGGCAGCGCUGCUGCAGGGAGCCCGAGAUCGAUCUGCACCUUCUGUCUGAGCAACCAGAGGAAACUGCACAGAGAACGGGACAAACACUUGUCGCUUUAA